AUGUCAGCUUGGCAUCAGGAAGGGUUUGGAGACAGCACCCAGGGUUUCUCUGUCCCAUCCCUGCAGAACGAUUCCAUUCUCCCUCCCGCGGGGAAAAGGAGAAGGAAUUUAAGUGUGGAAUGGACGUGUGCGGUCAGUUCAAAGUCCAAUGUUUGCGGGGAAAUGGCCCAUGUUCUUCUGGUGCCCCCCAAAGAAUUGUCUCUCCCUCCACCUACGAGGUUUGUUCCGAGGGAGCAAGGACAAAAGUUCGCAAGCAUCCCAUCACAAAUAAAGUUUUCUCUGACGCAUCCAGGCCAAGGGCUGAGGGCGCAGAGUGGAAUAAAAAUAAAGAAGGAUCACAAAAAAUUAAAACAAUCACAAAUAAAGACGAAUCUUACUCCUUUACUGGAGCGGCAUUCCCCUCCUUCGCCACUAGAGUGUGCUGCAACACCGCUAGUGAGCGAAGACGAGAAGGGCCCACUCGCAGCUCAGGCCGCGAACUGGCGCGCAUGCGCAGUUCAUCCCUGGGUUUUAACCACGAUAGACAGGGGUUACAGACUUCAAUUCGCUGUAAAACCUCCUAUGUUCAAUGGAGUGGUAAUCUCAGUGGCCCAAGGGGAAGCAGCUCAGAUUUUAGAGGAAGAAAUAUCCUCUUUAAUGAGAAAAGGAGUGAUAAGAGUGAUUCCAUCGAGAGAAAGCCACUUAGGUUUUUACUCCCGAUACUUUGUGAUUCCCAAAAGAGGGGGAGGUCUCCGUCCCAUUUUGGAUUUACGUGUCCUCAACAAACACCUCAGAAAAUACAAAUUCAAAAUGCUGUCGCUCAGAACGUUGUGUCAGAGUAUUCGUCAGGGAGAUUGGUUCACCUCAGUGGACCUCCAGGACGCAUAUUUUCACAUAGAUAUUUUUCCUGCUCACAGGAAAUAUCUGAGGUUUGCUUAUCAGGGCACAGCAUACGAGUAUACAAGAAUUCCCUUUGGCCUCGCUUGCCCCCGGGUUUUCAGCAAGUGUGUGGAAGCGGCUCUGAUGCCAUUGAGGAGGGGAGGGAUCAGAGUCGCAUCAUAUCUGGACGACCUGCUCAUCUGCGCGCCUUCCCAGAGGCAAGCAGAGAGCGAUACGGGCAGACUAGUGACGCAUCUGGAGAGACUAGGUUUCAGAAUAAACCAGACGAAGAGUUGUCUAACUCCUGCACAGGAAAUAGUCUACUUGGGUCUCAGGUUGAAUUCAGUGACGUUUCGAGCUUUCCUAUCAGAGGAUCGCAUCGAGACAUUUCACAGUUGCCUCUCCCUUUUUCAACGAGGGAGAUCAGUCUCUUUCAGAAUGUGUCUUCGGCUACUGGGUCUGAUGGCCUCAACACUGUCAGUGGUUCCCCUGGGACUGCUGCGAAUGAGGGAUUUUCAGAACUGGACAGCGUCACAGGGCAUUCGCCCAAAGAGCCGUCUCAGCCGCAGAGUGCGCAUCUCACCAGAAUGCAUGAACGCUCUCCGUCACUGGAGAGCUCCGUCUUUUCUCAGAACAGGAUGCCUUCUGGGUCCUGUUAUGUUAAGGAAAGUGGUGACGACAGAUGCAUCUCUCACGGGCUGGGGGGCGGUAUUCGAAGGCAGAACAGUGAGAGGAGUUUGGUCUCCCGCACUGAGAGAGAAGCACAUAAAUUUUCUGGAACUACUAACAGUGUUACUAGCUCUGAGACAUUUUGUGCAUUUUCUCAAGAAUCAUCAUGUAUUGGUCAGGACGGACAAUACAACGGUGAUAGCCUACAUAAAUCGGCAGGGAGGAGUUUGUUCUCACAAGCUUCACUUGUUAGAGAAAGAACUAAUUAUGUGGAGCAGCAGGACUCUCCUGUCGUUACGCGCGACACACGUUCCAGGAAUAAUGAACAGGGGAGCGGACUUACUGUCCAGGGGGAAUCCUCUGUACGGGGAGUGGAGACUCCACCCCCAAGUGACGCUCAAGAUGUGGCAGAGAUUCGGCCGUGCAGCUGUAGAUCUCUUCGCAUCGCGCGAAGACGCACAAUGUCCCCUGUUCUUCUCUCUGGCCGGAAAUAUUUCACCCCUCCCCUCAGAAACUAGCUCUCUGGGCCUGGCCCAUGAGAGGCUAAAUCUGGAUGCAGCUGGGUUACCUCCGAAAGUGAUAGAGACAAUUCAGAACGCCAAGGCUGCCUCGACACGUUCUUUAUAUAAUCUCAAAUGGAGGGUGUUUGAGGGAUGGUGCGCCGAUAGAAACAUUGUUCCUUUCUUGUGUUCAGCUUCGGAUGUGAUGUGCUUCCUACAGGACCUUCUGGACAAGGGCAGAGCCUUUUCUACAGUUAAGGUUUAUCUGGCCGCUAUCUCGGCAUGUCAUGUGGGUCUUAACACGGGUACUGUUGGCCAACACCCUCUCGUCUGUCGAUUUAUGAGAGGGGCACGUAGGCUACACGCAGUAUCAAAGCCGCUGGUCCCGCCUUGGGAUUUGUCCAUAGUUCUGAACGCGCUCUCAAAAGCCCCUUUCGAACCCAUUGAUAACAUUGCCUUGAAGCUGCUCGCUUUGAAGACGGCUCUGUUACUUGCUCUCACUACAGCAAAAAGGGUGAGUGAGCUACAUGCUUUAUCUAUUCACUCCUCAUGUAUGAUGUUUGCUCCGGGGGGUCGAAGAGUAACUUUUAGACCUAACCCGGCGUUUGUGCCUAAAGUGUUUGAUCACGCUGGUGCAGUUCAAUCAGUGGACCUGCUAGCUUUUCAUCCACCGCCCUUUUCAUCCCCAGAGGAGGAGAGGUUACACAGUUUAUGUCCGGUUCGUUCUCUGUAUACGUAUGUUCAGAGAACCCGCACACUUCGUAAGAGCAAUCAGCUUUUUGUCUCGUGGGCUGACUCUUACAAAGGAAAGCCUAUCUCCCGUCAGCGUCUUUCCCACUGGGUGGUGGAGGCUAUCGUGUUAUGUUACAAUAAUAUGAAUAAAGAGCCCCCAAUAGGAUUACGAGCACACUCAACUAGAGGUAUGGCUACAUCCUGGGCUCUGUUUAAGGGCAUUUCUAUUCAAGAAAUUUGCGCGGCAGCCAGCUGGUCUUCUCCGCACACAUUUGCUCGUUUCUAUAGACUGGAUGUGACAGAACCAUCUCUGGCCCACUCAGUUCUGGGAGUGAGUAGUCAGGGGGUAUAAUGCAAUUUAUUAAGGGGAGUAUUCCUUUGCAUUCUGUUUCACCUCAGUUGGGCUUUAUGAUUCAGAUAAUAACCUACUCUUUCUUUAGUCUGCUUCGUCAGCAUAUC